AUGGGCUGCCUGCAGAGCGUCGCGUGCAAGGCGCGCGUGCGGCGCGACAACAUCGUCCUGAGCGACGUGUCCGCCACCAUCGAGCCGGGCGCCACCGCCAUCGAGGAGAGCUCGCCCGUCGUGCUGCGCUACCGCACGCCCUACUUCCGCGCCGCCGCCCGGGGCACCAUGCCGCCCAUCCCGCGCCGCCACACCUGGGUGGUGGGCUGGGUGCAGGCCUGCAACCACAUGGAGUUCUACAACACCUACAGCGACCUGGGCAUGUCCAGCUGGGAACUUCCUGACUUGCGAGAAGGGAGAGUAAAAGCCAUCAGUGACUCUGAUGGUGUGAGCUACCCCUGGUACGGGAACACCACGGAAACAGUGACCUUGGUUGGGCCCACUAACAAGGUCUCCCGGUUCUCAGUCAGUAUGAAUGACAAUUUUUACCCCAGCGUGACGUGGGCUGUCCCUGUGAGUGACAGCAAUGUACCACUGCUGACCAGGAUUAAGAGGGAUCAAAGCUUUACCACAUGGCUAGUAGCCAUGAAUAUGACCACCAAGGAGAAGAUCAUCCUGCAGACUAUAAAGUGGAGGAUGCGCGUUGACAUUGAAGUGGAUCCUUUGCAGCUCCUGGGGCAGCGAGCACGACUAGUGGGAAGGACUCAUCAGGAGCAGCCCCGGAUUCUGAGCCGAAUGGAACCCAUCCCGCCAAACGCACUUGUGAAACCCAAUGCCAAUGAUGCCCAAGUCCUCAUGUGGAGACCCAAACGAGGCCAGCCUUUGAUAGUGAUACCUCCCAAGUAGAUGGUGUGUGGGCGUGCGUGCUUGAGGGCAUCAUUGCUGUUGGUAUGGUGCAAAUGAACUGGAUUUUUGAGCCAAAGCAGACCUCUGGUGAAUGGAAACAGAGUUCCUCCUUAUUCAGAAAGAAUAUGGUACCUGGUAGUGGCCAAUGCUAUGUCACAGAAGAGGAAUCACACAGCUGGUGGACUUGCGAUGACAUACCUGGGGGAUUCUGUACUUCCAGGGUAUUUUGGCUGGAAGAGGCUUUCUUACCUGAAUAACUCAUAUUCCCUUGCCAUAACAUGCAAGGAAUGAGAAUAUGAUUAAACAGUGCCUGUGGCAAAUGCUGCUUCCCAACCAAUUAGAUGUAGAAAUGGAGACCAUGCACACCAGACGUUCAUGGUCUUCCAGUUCGAUCCUACUGUCUGACCGAUGGGGCGGGGUGUUACCACAUUUUUAUACCUAUGCAGUUUUGAUUGAUAAUCAAAUGAUCACCUUGCUCAUUGGAACUAAAAGAAUGUUUACAAAGGGGGGGAAAUAACAACCCAUGCCAUCUGUUCCACUUAGCUACAAACAAGCUCUGAGUCCACAUGGAACUGUCCAAGGUGCUGAACUGAAGUACAAUGUGAACUACCUUCCUCUUCCCAAGAAUAAUUUCUUCAAAUGGAUUGAAUUAGGACAUUUUGCAUGCAUCUCAGUGUGUUUCGAGUAGUUGUGUAUGUUAGGAGCUGCCAUAGUUCUUUCCAUCCAUUGAGUGAAAUCCAAGGGAAAUCUAGAUGUAAUUUAGUUCUAAGAUACACUAAUCUUUCCUAGCCCUCCAUUCCCCUCUCC